AUGAGUCGACGGCAAGAGGCUGGGGUGAGCCCAGAGGAGCGCAGACGCGCACGAGAGACAGCACACAGCAUGUAUGAGGGCAGGGGUAUCAACAAGGACGAAAUUGCGCGCGUCAUCGGAGCCGAGUCCAAGUAUGAACGCUUGGUAUGCAUGUACUACCUGCAGCUGUUUGAUUUCAAGGCACAGGACAUUGUGUCGGCGAUCAGGCGCUUCCUGUCUCACUUUGCCCUCAACGCAGAGGCACAGGAGAUCGACCGCAUCAUGUACAGCUUUGCAGAGCGGUACUGUGAGCAAAACCCAACAGAAUACAGUGUGGAUGCCAUCCACGCCCUGGCCAUGGCCAUCCUCCUCCUCAACACAGACUUGCACACGCCAAACAAUACCCGUCGCAUGCGUCAAGAUCAGUUCAUCUACAACCUGGCUGCCCUGAAUGACGGCGCGGACUUUCCCCGCCAACUUCUCCAAGACAUUUACAACAGCAUCAAGGCUGAGCAGCUGGUGCCUGUGGCGACACACGACAAGACAGCCGCAUCACAUGGCGCUCAACAGGACAACGCAGGCAGACCUUCCUUCUCCGUUCUGCGGGGACGGCCUUCGCGUGUCCUCGAUGCAUUCUUUCUUGGCGAACCCAUCGAGCCUCCGACGCUCGAAGAAAUCAUCCAACAGAAAGACACCUUUGAUGCCUUUCAAGCACGGACCUCCUUUCGCCACCGCGCCUGGAGGACGCUGCAUGCUGCCAUCUGUGGGCGGUACUUGAUCUUCCACAAGUCAUCCUUCCAGCCGCGAUCCAUUCAAGACUACGGGCACAAUGUCUAUGAUGUUGUGCUGUUGUACCACGCGUUCUGCAGGCGGGCGCUGGAGUACACCAAGCGUGACCACGUGUUCGAAUUGACGACAGCGACGGGCCGGCGCAUGCUCUUCACCGUUCCGUGCGUUUCAACCAACGCCGUGUCCUGA